UGUUGGUAGAGCAGGGAGGAGGAGCGCAGGCGCUAUUCAGGGACUAACAACCGAUGAUAGACAGGUGUUCCUUACGAGUGGGGUAAAAAAAAACAAAACGAAAGCGUUUCACAGAAAAUACAGCCAUCAGGCCCUAAUUAACAGUACUGUGGAAGCAUCUGGUGGAAACGAAGAAGAAAAAACAAAAGGACAUAUCGGAUCUCGGAUACAAUGUAGCUAGCCAGCUAGCUAGCUAUUGAUGGCUAGCUGCAUUUUUAGUUAGCGAGCAAUAGACUUGACUUGAUGUCGAUUCUAAAAUUAUCCCAAAUCUGUGGUAGCAGGGCGGAUCUUUCAAGAACAGUUGAUCAUCCAGGAGGAUUGUUGGAUGUGUGGAUGAAAUCAGAUGGCGGUGAUGACGCUACAAGACAUGAGCUGGCUGCUUCUGGUCGCCCUCUUUCUCGCCUCCCUGCUCAUUGUGCUGGCCUGGCUGGUGCAGUAUUCACGGGCCAUAUUGUAUUCCCAAAGCCGUAAAACGAGCAGUGAGAAAACUACGCGGUCGCUGCCUGAGAACUUGUCCCACCAGAGCCAGGCUGGUGGUAUAUGGGGCACCUUGCUGAGGCUAAGAUUCAACCGCGAUGGGAGCGGAGGUGACACCGAGGCUGGAGUGAAAGGACUGUUGUCAUCCCUGUUCUCCUUCCGGUCAUUCAGGGAGAACUGGAUUCGGGCAUGGGUUCGAGCUCUCAACGAGCAAGCUUUCAGAGAUGGGAGCUCAAUCCAGAUCACCUUUGAGGACAGCCUGCAGCUCCUGUCAUCUGCCUCAAUCAGUCAUGUGAGCUGCACAGACCAAUCGGCAAACAGCAUGGUUUUGCAGUGCAGUUGUGAGGUGGAUAUAGUAACAUUCCCAGUGACUGUCACUCAGCAAUCACCUGCAGCAGUUUCCAUUGACACAUACCAAGUCACCGCUGCACCAGUACAGGUCCAGUUGGUUGUAUGUCUGGAGGAGGUGGAGGAAGAGGGUCUUCUGGUGUCCUGGACUUUUUCCCAGCAACCCCAGUUUGAUCUGACUGUGUCACCCCGCAGAGUCCAGAGGGAGCAGGUGACUGAGGGGAGCGACGACCAGGUUGACAUGAACAUGAUUGCAGAGCUAGUGGAGGAUACGUUGUUCAGCACACAGCCUACCAUGAUCAUCAAUCUCAAGUCAUGCAUGUCCAGCAUUGGGGGCUCUGGAGAGAGGCUGAUUUUGGGUGUGAGUCCCCCAUCCCAGGGUAUCCCCAUGCUGAGGCUGGUGGUACGUCAGCUCAGAGCAGCCGUCGUUAGAGGAGGUUCCCUGGCAGGGUGGGCAGAGUUGUGCUGCGCCCUGGACCUGACCCCCCCUAUACUGGAGAGGAGGACUCGCUUCCUGCCUUUGUCCUCCGGCUCAGGAAUGGAGUUUGAAUGGAGCGAGGACAUUACACUGGAUCUGGGCCAUGACACCAAAGAGCUUAAAAUUCGACUAGUGGAGCGCAACAGCAAAGGAGAACGGUUCCUUCCUGGUCAUGCCUCCUUACUCCUGGAUGUCCCUCGAAAGAGUCCUGUUGGGCGACAUGUGUUGUCAGUCAGUCCAGGGCAUGGACUACCAUCCACUGGCAAUGUAACCUUUGAGCUGCUGUUCCUGGAGCCAGGUGACCCCUGUGGCAGUCAGGGUGGCACUGCCCUCCGUUCCUUAAUCACCCCUACCAAAAAGGUGGAGAUGGACCGCACAAUCAUGCCAGAUGGCACCAUUGUCACCACAGUGACAACCAUUCAGUCACGCCCCAAGCUGGACCGCAAACUAGAGUCCCCAUCUUGCUCCCCAUCGAAGGUGGAGGUGACGGAAAAAAAGCCCACCCUCCUUGCAGACAGUAACCAUGACAGAAUCAGUCCCAUCCCCAGCUCAGACACCCAUCUUUCUAAUGGCUUGGACCCUGUAGCUGAAACAGCCAUUAGACAGCUAACAGAGUCUGCCAGCAAGGUUGCAAAGAAGACGCCCACCAAGAGGAGCACGCUUAUCAUCUCUGGGGUGUCAAAGGUUCCCAUUGCAGAAGAUGAUGCAGCGUUAUCAAUUGGUUAUGCUGCAGCUAUGGAUGCAGCCUUGCAGGGGGAGCAGUCCUCUGGAGCCCUCAACCACUACACAGCCAGCUUCCCUGGUGCAUUGCAACAUGACCCAGAUGAGACCACACCCUCUGACAUCUCAGAGAGACCCUCUGUGGAUGAUGUGGAAUCUGAGACGGGCUCUACAGGUGCUCUGGAGACCCGCAGCCUCAAAGACCACAAAGUGGGCUUUCUCCGCAGUGGCACCAAGUUGCUUUUUCGGCGGAGACACGGGCAAAAAGACCCCAGCCUCAGCCAGUCCCACGAGGAUGUCUCCAACCUGGGCAAUGGCUCUGCCAUGCGUAAGAAGUCUGGCAGCUUCUCCAGGCGCCUCAUCAAGCGAUUCUCUUUCCGCUCUAAGUCCAAGGGGAAAGUGAGUGCCAAUGGAGGGACGGGUAUGGCUGAGAACUGAAAAUGGAGUGAAGUGACUGGCAUGUGGGUGGGGAAGUGGAGCAGAGUACGAUGCGUGUCUGUGCCCUACUGGUGCAUGAUUCUGUGCCUUGAGCCUGUGGAGCACACAGAUCUUGGUAUUGCAAUGGAAAAGCUUCAGACCACGCAUGUGAGCCGUAGGAUUCUCUGCACAAGGCUGUGUUCAUAUGGGUGGGGUUAUGGUUCUUGUGGUUGAAUUAUAACAAUGUGCCACCUCACUCACCUGCAGCAACGCCUGUUCCUUCAGUUACCACAGGAAGACAACUAAAGCCCUGUUCACAUCAAACCAGCUUCUAGCAAAGUGAAAAUGCCAUC